AUGAACUGUUUGGUCGUCGCAUCGGUCGCCUGCCUGGUCGCUGUUCUCAGUGUCUGUGCAGUCACUGACACCGAACAGCUUGGCAGUAUGGACGUCGAGGCUCUAGCUAGUUUCGGCGCAUGUCUUGUAGACGAUGCUUCGUGCUCCGAAAAGACAUCCAAGUUGAAAGGAUUUCUGCUGCAUGCUCUCGUCACGAAAUGCAGUGAAUGUACAGAACCCGAGAAGGCGAACAUUAGGAAAGCAAUGAAGGCCCUCAUUGCAGAUCAUCCUGAGGUGUGGCAGAAAAUUAAGCAGACUCUGGAUCCGGAAGGGAAGCGCGCAGAAGGAUUUAAGAAGUUCCUUCAAGGAGCUUGAAUAUGGCAACAACUCAUCAGCAUGAGGACAAUGAGAAUGAUGGACAAGUUGCCUACAGUGACACUUUCUUCUCUAACCUCCUCCACGCUGUUCGCUUGUAUUUCCAUGGAAAUAUGCAAUUUCUGUUGAUGACAAAACUGGAUUGUUCACAGACGAAGGGACAUUUCUGGCGUUCGUAUUUUAGAAUACUCAAUAAAUCCUAACCUGAAAGACCACUGUUUCAAUGCUAGAUAUCUCGUUUGAAACAUGGAAGUUGUGAAAUAUGUAAGAAGUUAGGAACUACAGUAUUGUACAGCGUAACGUUGUAUGUCAAAGAAUCUAAUUAUAUGUUUUCUUUUAUUAUGUCACUUGUUUCAGAAUCUCUUAUCAUGACAAGUUUCAUGAUUUAAAUUCGUGUGUGUGAUAAAUACCGUAUUUACGCAUGUAUAGGCCGCACAUUUUUGCCAAAAAUUCAAGAGGAAAACUGGGGUG